AUGAGCCAUGAACCACCAGCAUCAUUAUCGAAUGACAAGACGACAGCAUCAGCAGCAGCACCUCCUUCCACAUCCACAACGAGCAGCCCAAUGUUUGAGCUGACUGGACUUUAUGGCCGUAUUACAUUAGACAAUGUCUAUUUGAAUGGAUUGCAUGCACUUCGAAGGCUGGAUAUACAAAACUUGUCAGAUCAGCCUAUACUUGUCAAGAUGAGGUCCAAUCUACGCAACCAAAUAGCAUUCCAAUUAGAGAAUGAGAAUAUAUCCAGUCUACCGGAAUCCACAUUACAAAGCAUCGUGACAACCAACACUGUGAGCUGGUCUCGUGAAGCAGCUGAAGAAUACCCGUUCAAUCAACUAUUCAACUAUAUCAACCACAUUGAUCAGAUUGAUUUGGAACCAGGUCAAACUCGCAGUUUUAUACUAGCUUUUUUACCGGAAACCGACAACGAUGCUCGUCCCCAACAGCAGCAACAGAAUGAAGACGACUUUGACAUGUCAGUGGCAGCCGCAACCACUCAUGACGAUGAUACAGAGACAUACAGCAUGUUUAACGUUACAGGCAGCUUGUUUUUCUUUGGCUAUUACAAUACAGCCAACAAGAGUCUGACAGACAACGACAGUGCCACUACAAAGGAUGUGCUAUCAACGUCCAGUUUAGCCGACUAUCAGGUUUCUGUGAAAUUCAGAGCAAGUGUGUGUCAGUCUGCACUAUGGACAGAUGUUGCAGAAACUGGUUUAAAUUUUGAUGAUUGCGUACUGGGCGAGACUUAUUACAAGGAUUUCACCAUACAAAAUCGAUCUGAGAUUGAUCUCUACUGGCUACUUAACACUAUGGACCUCGUUAGCAACAACGGUCGAGAUUGGCUGCAGUUCAUUGAUGCAGACACAGGCGAUGCGUUGAAAUCAGACGAACCUAUUUCCAGCUUCUCCAGCAAGCAAGUGCGUAUGCUCUUUUGGCCUAAAGAAGUGGGUGAAUACAAUUACGAUCUACAGGUGGAGAAUGCCAAUGAUGCACGCAAUGUGGUACAGACAAAGGUACAUGCCACUGUACGAUCCGUGCUGAGAAAGGAGACUUUGAUCGUCAGUAGUGGCCAUGUUGUGGAUUUUGGCGAUUGUAUAUCUGGUGCUUGGGCAGUACAACAAAUUGUGCUCAACAAUGUCAGUGAAUCCCCUGUGGAAGUCCGAUUUCUACCAGAAGGUGCUGAGGUCAUUUUUGAUAUCAAGCAAGAUACAACUGUAGUGGAACCGAGUGAAGCAACAGCCUAUACAGAGCGUAUGGAUAACACUAGAAUGAAUUCAAUGCGACGCAAAUACAACAAUCACAGUGCCAGUCGAACCAAUACAGGUGGCAUGAAUACACCAGCGACAGGCAUCAGCGAAUUGUCAGGUCCCAACAGCGAGUUGAGCUCACGAUCGUCGUCCCCUACACCUAUUCGUACUACAACAGACAAUGAUGGAUUCUUCUCGCCUGCAUUGACCGAGUCGCCCAAUGGUUCCCGUAUUCACUUUCCGUCGCACGCUACCAUUCCCGAGGACUCUGAUUCUGAUGCUGGCGGCAUGGGCGGCUUGAUGAGUGUGGAUGGCAGUAUCUUUACAGAAGCCAGCUCCUUCAAUGAAACCUCGACGGUGAUAUCUGCUACUACUGCAUCUGCUGCGUCUGUGGUCACCUCUUCCUCUAAUGCACCUGUGACGCUGAGCACGACAGAGAGCUACACCCGUAUUGAGGACUUUGUCUUGAAACCAGGUACCGAGCGAGUGAUUCAAGUCUCCUACCGACCGCAAAAAGACGCCUCCAUCACCGACUUUAAUGCAGGACAAUUGAUCCGUCGCAACUUUAGAAUCUUACUCGAGUACGGUACUUUUCGCACAGAGGAAGCAAAAGAAAAGAAGGUGAUUCAAUGUCGAGCCAGAACCUGCACCUCUUUUGUAGAGGCCAUACCCAAAGUGAUCAAUUUUGGUGAUACAGAUGUGGGUACGCUCAAGUCGCUGCCUAUUAAUAUCUUUAAUCGGUCUGAUAUCCUGGCACGUGUGGAGUUGCAGUUUAGUUCAAAGGUGCUCAAUUGUUUGCGUGGUGAAAUCACCAUUCAGCCAAGAAGCUACGUGGAGCUCAAGUUGGAUCUGUACCCGCGCAAGGUCAAUCCAGACUACCGAAAGCAGAUUACGCUGGUCAACUUCCUCAACAAGGACAAUGAUCAGAUUAUUGAAGUGCACAGUACCAACAUUGACAAGAACAGAGUGACCUUCCACUCGCUGUUUUACCGUAUUCUCACAGCUACAGGUGCUAAUUUCCUGGAUUUUGGUUCGAUCGCCCUCAAUUCGCCUUCCUUGAGAACAUUUACCGUAGAGAAUAUCAGAGACAAGCCAUUGCAGUUGGAAAUCACAACGUCGCUGCCAGAGGAUAUUGCCAUUUAUACGCGCAACAAGAACAAGGUCAACGAAAAUGCGCUGCCUAAUGCUGCUGCUGCUGCAAACGCCGCCACCAUCACCUCCACGAGCGCCAUUGCGUCCUCUGCUGCUCUAAAUGCUGCUUCUGCCAUGAUAGCCACUGCUACCAACACCACUUCUGCCAAUCUGUCGUCGUCUUCCAAGCUGUCCAACUCCAUCACAGCAGAAGCCAUUGAAAAAGGAGAUGUGCUUGCUGAUAUACCCGCUACUUCACUGACACCUGCACUGAGUAAUAGACGCAGAUCCAAGCUCUUGCUCGAGUCCAUCAGUAAUCGUCGUAUUGCCAAGCCCAAAUCCUUGUCCAGCUCCAGCUCCAAGGACACAGCCAAGACCAAGAAGCAUACCUCUGAAUCAGAAGCCACCAACAAACGACGUACCUCUGAUGCUAAAAAGGAGCUCAUGGCAGCAAGACGUAUGCGUCAAUCAGUGCAGCAGCUUAAAAUGGAUCAAGCGCACUCUUCUACUGCCUAUCUGGACCUUGCUCUACCACCAUUGCACUCGCUCAAAUCCUACAGACGAAAGAUGAUUCAGGUCAAUUCAGAUCCCAGCUUCCUCAAGCAUCAUCAUCGCAAGGGACUUCACAGCAGAUUGUUGCAUAUACCUGAAGAAAAGGAUUGUGUGGAUAACAAGGAUAUGUGUGCUACCAAGGAUGCUGUUCAGUCCAACAAGUCGCAACACCACCCACGUCAAAUGGUCACUAAAAAGAGCAAUGCUUCUGCUGCUGCUAGUGGUAAGCACACCAAGCAUGGUAAAGAAGAUAUGCUACUGACGACGGGCGGUCGCCAUCAUCUGCGUGUGUCUACGCCCAACAACAGCAACAGCACCGCUACAGCUUCACCUUCUAUUGCCUCCAAGAACGCAUCUCGCUUAUCCAGCCACACGCGCCACAACAAUUAUGGUACACGAAAUGCCAAGACCAAGCGAUCACUGGGCAUUACAGCAGCUCGCUACAAGUCUCGCAAGAACCUGGACUGGUCAGAUAUUGCAGGCAAAUCUCGUGUGCCUUUUGAGGACCUGAUCUCUGUGCUGGAACAUGGUUCCAAAGCAUCCCCUCCUCUGUUUCCCAAACAAUCUGCAGAGGAACAGUUUGUGCGGUACCAAUUGGCAUGGCGUAGAGAAUUGGACCGUCUGAUAGAGAAGGGUGUAUUGGUGCGCACCUCGUUGGUGGACGUGGAUCCCAAGGGCGAGGAAGAGGUCGUGAUUGUGAUUACACCGUGUGGUGCUACCAAGCCUCAUAUUCAGUCUGCUCCCAAGAAACAAGACGCACGCAUCUUUUUGAGGUUGGUGCAAUUUGAUCGUGAUAUUGAACAAACCGAGUUUGAGAAUCUGCUGGAUACAAAUCAAACGGAUAUCCCUGUGCGUGAAGUUAUUUUGCGUUCUCAAUUGUGUCGUUCUGUCAUGGAUCUGGGUCAAAAGAACAUCAACUUUGGUCUGGUGGAGAGAAACGAGCGUCAUGCCAAGACGAUUGUGCUGCACAAUCGCAGCGAAACACCUUUGCUGUACGCCAUUCGCAAGUCUGGUUCCAUUGCCUCGGGUGACAUUGACUUGGAUGUGGGUCGCUAUGGUGUUGUCCGUUCGUACGGUAAACGUGAAGUCGAGUUUGUGUUUGAACCGACAUUGUCCGGCCCCUUUAUGGAGAAACUGGUGAUUGAGAACAUCCGUGAUCGCACCAACGACCAAGUGUUGCUGCUCAAGGCGCAAGUGCGUAAACCAUCGACCUUCUUGAUCAAGUCAUUGGAAAUGUCCUUUGGCCGCUGUUUAGUGGAUCAGCCCUGUCAGCGUACAGAGACCAUCGUGUUGACCAACACUAACAAGCAAUCGCGUAUGUUUGAAGUGCGUGUGGAUCCCAACGAAGUCAUCUUUGGUCGUUACUAUGGCGAGUUUGACUUUGAUGUCAAGGAAGACGACACAAACACCAUCUCCAAGGAAGCAGAGGAAGAGAUUGAAAACUUGGAACAGAAGCUCAAGAUUGCUAAGCGUAAAGCUCAACCAGACAAGGUGAAGAAGUAUUUGCGUAAAUUGGCAAAGCUUAAGAAUUUGGACCACGAUGACAAGGAAGAUGCUGAUUCUGGUAAAGACAAGGACAAAGAGGAAAAAGUUGCCAAAUCUGCCAAAUCGCCUGCAAAGACCAAGAGCGAUGCUGAUGCUGCUACUACUACUUCUUCCAGUACCAAUGCGGUCGUCUCUGUAGCUGCUGCUGCCACCAGUAGUAUCAAGGAGAGCAACAUUGUGUUUAAAAAGACGGCAGAGAGCGUGGUGUUUCCUUUGGAUGCGCAUGCUUCCAAGACGGUGUCUGUUACCUUCAAACCUGUGUUGCGGCCAUUCCAAACUGCUGAAGAUGCUCAGGAGGACAACAAGAAACCCGAGGAAGCUAUUUCUGUCAAGGGCCGUAUUUUGGUGCAUGAAUACAAGAAUACAGAUGUGUGUAAGAGUAUUGUCUAUACAGCAGAGGUGUAUACAGAUGAAGCUGCCUAUAUUGAUGCUCUAGCGCUUGAGAAUGAUGGUGAAAAUACGGGUGCUGCAUCGACUAGAGCGGAUGCUGCUGCCAUGGCUACUGCUAAUGCUGCUAAUGCUGCUAAUGCGACUUCUCAAGCUGAGAAGUCCAGUGCUGUUGCUGCUACUACGCCACACACAAGUUCAGAUGCAAGCCAAAGCGAGACCAGCGCGGCUCCCACUGAACAAGAAGAGGAAGAACCGGAGGCCAUUCAGCUGGAAAGACACUUUUUCGAUGGUGGUCGUGUGGAACUGAACCAAGAAGCCGUUUUUUAUGUCAAGGUGACCAAUACCUCUCAACAGCCGAUUGGAUUUGCCUUGUCUACAGCACAAGUGCCCUCUGUAUUCGACUUUGAUGCAGGCGGAGAAGCAUCCAAGGAGCUUUUACCUGGCGAAACCAGAAAGAUCCGUUACGGUAUCAAGCCAACGCAAGUAGGUAAACAACAAUACACUUUCUCUGUCAGAAACAAGCGUACUGGCUCCUUGCAACCAUUUACCAUUGAAUGCUUGGUUCAUUGCAGCACGUAUUUGGAGUUCCCUUCUUUGGCAGAUGAAGCCAAUGGUGUGUUGGAUCUUGGUUUCUCAUACGUGGAUCCAGGAAGCAAAUAUUCACAGGUGACGCCUUUGCUGGUAGAGAACAAGUCUGGACAAGAUGUCUUUAUUACGUGUCAAAGUAACUUGUCUCAUCAAGUCUUGAUUUUUAUGGACGAGGCAGGUGAACGUGGCUUGGUGGAGAUGAUGCCCCUGAAAUGUGGUAGCAUGACCACUGUGUGGGUGGCUGUUCAGCCUAAUUUACUGACAGGCUAUCUUGGUAAUUCAGCAGAUGAAUGUCGUGAGCUGGUGGGUGGUAUCAAGUUUUCCGUCUAUGAAAAAGAUCAGCAGCAACAGCAGCAGCAAGACCAAGACCAAGACCAGAACAUGUUGCUCAUGUUGACACAAACGGUCAAGUUUAUCUCCAUCAUUGGCCAAUCUCAUCUGGAAGUCUCUGACAAGGUGAUCAAUAUGGGCUACACGGAUCUGCUUCAAAAAGAGUUUUAUGGUGCUUUCACUAUCAAGAACAAGUCGGGUGAGUUGCCCCUGGAUUAUGAAGUCGAGUGCUCCAGUGCCAACAUUGAACUGGAUCGUCGUGGUGGUACGUUGCAUGGCUGGCGCGGUACUAAAUUGCGAAGAGACACAGACAUGAGUUAUCUGGACACCAGCAGCACGGAUGAUCAAAAGAAACGCAAGGGAAGUUUGGCGAGCCUUCACGCCAAUGACAGUUCCUGCAGCAUUGAUGGUGUGCGUCGUGGCUCCUAUGAUGAUUUCAAUUCUGUGCCUGCUUCCUUGACGCAAAUUACGUUUCGCAUCAGCGCGUAUCGUUAUGGUUUGUUGAAUGAGAAGCUGAUUGUCACCAACAAGAGAAAUAGCCAAGAAGUGUUUGUGAUUGAUGUGCGAUUAUUUGUGGACUGCAAGAAAUUGGACGCCUGGGCUUUACCUUCCAAAAAGCUGCUGUUACAGUCAAGCAGUGGCCAUCAAAACGGAUAUGCGGAUGAUGAUUACGACCAGACAGACCAUCGUGAAGCAGAUCCCUUGCCUUUGAUCAAGUGGGAGAGUAUCUACAUUAGUCCUGUGACGACAUCAGCUGCACAAGAAGAGGAGACAGUGCUUCAAAUCAUGGAACUUCCUGAAGCAGAUGCGCAUCGUCUCUAUGUGCGUGAACUGGAUAUUGCCAACACAUCAGGUCAGCCCAUGCAAUUGGUGGUCAUGAGUGAUGUGGACAUCACGGCUGGUUUUGCCGUCGAUGAAGAUAAGGUCAAGGCAGUGGCUCUGGAGCACAAGGACAACUUGUUUGCUCAACGCAGUGGCCAACUUUCCUUGCAGCCUGGUCAACGUAUCCGUGUGCGUUUGCAUAACCCUUCUGCUGAGAAACUAGAUGAAGACGGUCGCUCAUUAGCACUUCACGGCCAAAGUGGGUCUCUCAAGGGUAUGAUGGUCUUGUACGAUGCGCGUCAAAACAUUGAGGUGCUUGCCCUGGAACUGGAAGCCUUGUUUUGUGUCUCUCAUACUGAAUUGGUGGUGGACCGUAUUGAUUUAGGCAAGAUUGGACACAGCACUUCCUUCAAGCCUGCUCGUUUCGAAUUUCAAAUCAGCAAUUUGGCAGACGUGCCUGCCACAUAUGACAUCAAUGCACCUAAAUACAUCAAUUUUACGCCUCUGGAUCGCAACGGUGUGGCCGUCAAGCAAAAGAUGUUUUACAUCCCUUCUCGCAAGACACAGCGUAUUGAAGGUUUACUGAUGCCCAAGGAAAUGCCUGACCAAACCUCUGGAUUGCACCGCUUUGAUGUCCGUAUUGACAAUCUUCGUAACCAUGCCAACAGCAUGCAUUUGCAUCUCAAGGCCCUGAUGACCGUGUUUGAGUUGCGUUUUGAACGGCUCUCCAGUAACGGCGAAUUGGUGUUGCCUACGUUACAUCAUCCCAUUGCUCUUCAAAAUGCGCCUUGCGAUAACUGGUUUGUCAUUCAUAACAAGACGGACGAUGAUUUGCGAUUCGAGAUUGGUGCUGAUAUUACGCCUGAAUUGAGUCCCUAUGUGCAUUUAGAUGUCUUGUCACGUUAUACCAAUUCACCACUGCAUGGCGAUAUUGCCAUUGGUCCUCAAGGCAGUAUUGAAGUCAGGGUCAGAGCUUCUCCCAAUGAAGCAUCGCGUUUACCUCGCAAUCGACCUGAAUUCACAGAUCCUUCUGGUAUCAUCAUGGCUAAAUUGUGGGUGACAACACGUCCUGCUGAAGAAGAUGAAGAGGAAGACGAGGAAGACGAGGAGGAAGGUAGAGGAGGCGCUCCUCGAACCAGCAGAAUGAGAGAAAUGAUACCGGUGCGAUGUGCAUUGGAUGAAACAGCUACAUUUGCUCUCAGUGAGCGUCGACUUGAUUUCAAGCUGGUAACCUACUAUCAAGACAGUGAAAAUGGAGAGAGCUCGGAUAUCAUGGAUUCUGCUUGCAUGCCAGAGAAUCUGCCUCUCAAUAUCAUCAACCAUGCCAUCAAGGUACCACUUCGCUUCAAGGUCACAGUGGAAGGUCCUGCUGAAUUUCCUGCGCAUGAAAUCGUUAUGAUUUCUGGCUUGAAUCAAGAUCGUACAGGUAUAGUGGCACCUGGAGGCACCACAACAUUGCAAAUUGCCAUCUCAAAUCCAAAGGAAAGUAUGCCGGGUCAACUCAAGAUUCAUGUGGAUGAUUUGGAUGCCCUGGGAGAAUCAAGACAAACCGUGUCCAUGUAUGUAACAGAGAUUGUGUGGGAUUUGUAA